AUGACCCAUACCAACCCAAAGUCUCGGCAUGAGAAUGAACGACCAACACCUCAUAAAACCAAUCAGUCGUCGAGCCAAGAGUUCGGCAUGAAGCUAGAAGAUAUCAAAGACGAUGAUCUCCGACAAAAAACUUUGACCCUCUUGCGCACUGUCCCUACAAUCGAGGUAACGGAAGCAUACGACGCCCUGAACAAAUCAAACAAAGACGUCGAAGCUGCUGCCUGGUCCAUCUUGGAACAGCAACAAAUUGCAGGCAAGAAGAAGCUUCAGCUCAACGAGUUCGUCGGCCUCGACGUGCGAAUCGCAGUGAUCAGAUUAUCCAAGAUGUGUCCGGACGUCAGCACGCAAGAUUGUUAUGUCGCUGUGCGCGCAGCGAGUGGGAACCUUGACGAUGCUUUCAAGCAUAUUCAGUAUAUGAACAAAGAGAAGGAUAUGAACUCCGACAAGGGUGCUGUCGCCUUUCUGAACAUAUGA